ACCCCACUUUAUUUUUCUCACUGAAAGUGAAACCUGAACAUUUCCUCUCUAUUUUUCUCUCUCCUUCCACUCUGUCAGCCAUUUCCACUGCUCACACCAACCUUCUUCUUCUUCUUCUUCUUCGUCUUCUUCUUCUUCUUCUUCUCUCUCUAGUUCAUCCCAAUUCCCAAUUUCCAUGUGCGAUUCUUCAAUCAUUCCUUGUUUCACUCUCUUUCUUCUACUUUCCUUGUCCCCCUUUUGAUUUUCCUCCGAAGUUUUUUCUCAGAUUCCAUUGAUCGCUUCUUCCUUUUCGGUCUUCUUAUCAAUGCCGAUUGAAGAUGAUGUUGAGAGCUGCGGUAGCAGACCCACCGACUCCUCCUCGUCCCAUGCCAACCCGAGGCAUCAUCGCCAGAAGCUUGAAGUCUACAACGAAGUGCUCCGACGAAUCCAACAAUCCAAUUCCCAUGAGGCCAAUCUACCUGGGUUUGAUGAUCAGCUUUGGCUUCAUUUCAAUCGCCUCCCUGCUCGAUACGCAUUGGAUGUGAAUGUCGACAGGGCAGAAGAUGUUCUCAUGCAUAAGAGAUUGCUUCAAUUGGCUGUGGACCCUGCUAACCGACCUGUAUUUGAAAUUCGUUCUGUGCAGGUUUAUCCUUCUGCUAAUGAAAACUUCAUCAACUCUUCUUGUUUGGAUUCGUCAAUGAUGGAAGAUGCACAGAGCUCUUUGAACUAUUCUAACAGACAGGGGAACCAUCCACCUCCAACCUUUGGCUCUUCACCUAAUCUUGAAGCCCUUGCAUUUCAGGGCAGCAAGUACGGUGUUGAAGAUAGGGACAGUGCCCCAAAUGUGACACCCUGCUUUUCUCGGCCGAUGCAUGAGAUCACAUUUGCAACAAGUGACAAGCCUAAGGUCCUUAGUCAGUUAACUUCCUUACUAGCUGAUGUUGGACUUAACAUACAAGAAGCUCAUGCUUUCUCCUCUGUUGAUGGUUUCUCUCUGGAUGUUUUUGUCAUCGAUGGUUGGCCUUAUGAGGAAACUGAGGAGCUGAAAAGGGUAUUAGAAAAAGAAAUUUUAAACUUUAAGGAGCAGUGUUGGUCAGAAAAGCAGCCCAGUCCUGCUUUGGGUAAGCAUAACCAGAAUAGAGUUGAAUCUUUUCCUAGUUGUGUUGAAAUACCUACUGAUGGUGCUGAUGUCUGGGAAAUUGACACCAGACAACUAAAAUUUGAGAAUAAAGUUGGAUCCGGGUCAUUUGGGGACCUGUAUCGGGGCACGUAUUGUAGUCAGGAAGUAGCUAUUAAAGUACUGAGGCCUGAGCGUAUUAAUGAAGAGAUGCUCAAAGAAUUCUCUCAAGAAGUUUAUAUAAUGAGGAAAAUUCGGCACAAAAAUGUUGUUCAAUUCAUUGGUGCUUGUACUAAACCUCCAAACCUCUGCAUCGUGACGGAGUUUAUGUCGAGAGGAAGUGUAUAUGACUUCCUUCAUAAGCAAAGAGGCGUAUUUAACCUUCCAUCUUUACUUAAAGUAGCCAUUAAUAUUUCAAGAGGGAUGAACUAUUUGCAUCAAAAUAAUAUAAUCCAUCGAGACCUCAAGACUGCCAAUCUUCUGAUGGAUGAAAACAUGGUUGUCAAGGUUGCUGAUUUUGGAGUUGCCAGAGUUCAAACUCAGUCUGGAGUAAUGACUGCUGAAACUGGAACAUACCGGUGGAUGGCUCCUGAAGUUAUUGAGCAUAAACCAUAUGACCAUAAGGCAGACGUUUUCAGCUUUGGAAUUGCCUUAUGGGAGCUUUUAACCGGAGAAAUUCCUUACUCAUCCAUGACCCCACUACAAGCAGCGGUUGGCGUGGUCCAGAAGAUAUUGCGGCCUACAAUACCCAAGAAUGUCCAUCCCGUUCUUGCUGACCUGCUUGAAAGAUGCUGGAGGCAUGAUCCAACCGAACGACCAAACUUCUCUGAAAUUUUGGAGAUCCUCAAGCAGAUAGCUGAGCAGGUCGAAAACAACGGGGAAAAUCGACGCAAGAAGGAUAAAUUAUCUGGUGCGUUCUUCUCAGCCUUCAAGAGGGGGCACCAGUGAAUGCGCAGAGGGAGCUUAGCCAGAGCUGCAAUGAUGCUGGUAAUCAAUAAAACCGUCCCACAAAAAGAAGGAAAAUGUUUGAACCUUCCUUUUUUAUCACUUUUUUGUGUUCAUGUUUCCUUCUUUUACCUUACAGCUAUAUUUGAAGAACCCUUCAAUGUCCAUGGCCUAACCCGCAGCAUGUUGUAUAAUAUGUUAUUUAAAACUGAUACAUCUGAAUGUAGAAUUCGGCUUCUUUCUUUGAUA